AUGAACAUCCACCUGAGGAUUCCCGACCAGACAGCAUGGCCGCCAGACCUCUGGGAGUCAUUAGGUGCCCGCGGUAGCGCUCAAAUGUCAGAUGAGCGAAUCAAAUCCUUGGGUAUCACCGAGCAUCUCACGCGUGCCCUGAACUCAUGGUGGGAACGAGACCCCGAAGCCCAGAAAACGUACCAAAAACUCCCCUUUGGCUCCAACAUAAGAUGUUCAGAAAUCAAAAUGAAACCCGAGGAUAUGGAGUUCCAAUAUCUUCCUAAAGAGAAUCUCGAUGAGCUUCUUCUGACCGUAAAGGAGCUCUAA